UUUAAAAAUUAUGCAAAAGUGUGUUAUGAAGAGUUUGGAGACAAGGUCAAGCAUUGGAUUACUAUAAAUGAGCCAUGGACAUUCUCCACUUUUGGAUAUGGUGAAGGAACAUUUGCCCCAGGUAGAUGCACACAAGGCCUUCCUGAUCUUAGUUGCCCAGGUGGAGGAGAUUCUCUCAGAGAGCCAUAUACUGUUUCUCAUAAUAUGCUCUUAGCCCAUUCUGAAGCAGCAAAAUUAUAUAAAAAUCAUUAUCAGGCCAAGCAACAAGGGAAAGUGGGUAUCACCUUAACAUCAUUCUGGUAUGAGCCAUAUGAUAAUAACCCUAGUGACAAAGAGGUACAACAGAGAGGCCUUGAGUUUAAUCUUGGAUGGUUUAUGGAUCCACUGGUGUGUGGAGAUUAUCCAUUCUCAAUGAGAUCUUUGGUAGGGGAGAGGCUCCCCAAGUUUAGUGCCCAAGAAUCAGAAAAGCUCAAGGGUUCUUUUGAUUUUAUCGGGCUUAAUUGCUACACUGCUCGAUAUGCUCAGAGUGUUCCCUUCCCAACCAAAUUACAAACAUACAACGACGAUAUAUAUGCACAUAUAUUAGCUGAAAAAAAUGGCGUCCCAAUUGAGCAUGCAGAGCCUGGAAGUUGGAUCAAUGUGUAUCCCAGAGGACUCAGAGAACUUCUUCUAUACAUAAAGGAAAGAUAUAGCAAUCCUGAAAUUUACAUCACUGAAAAUGGAGUAAUGGAGAAGGAUGAGGACUUACCGGUCUCUGAGGCGGUCAUUGAUCCUCACAGGACUGAAUAUCUCACUCUACACCUUCAUGAACUUGCUGAAGCAUUGAGGUUGGAAGCAAAUGUAAAUGGAUAUUUUACUUGGUCUUUAUUGGAUAAUUUUGAAUGGAAUUCUGGCUACACAUCUCGGUUGGGGCUUCAUUACAUAGACUUCAAAGACAAAACAUUGAAGAGAAAUAGUAAUGGAGAGCUAAUAGUGCCAGAAAGAACCAGAAGUAAGAAGAACUCAACACUUUGAUUCAAAAGAUUUUCAAAAAUUGAGAGGAAGCCUCGAAUGA